UAUAUCUUCUUGUGCCGAAAUGGCAUUGAGUGCUGAUAUUUCUGGUGUCAAAUUGGUGUUUUUGGGAAAUGUUGUUGGAGAGUAUGAACUUGAAGACUUGUUGCAUUCUGAUUUUAGUAUGUUGGGCAAGGGAACUUUAGGGAUGUCUUACAAAGCAAGAUUGGAGUUGGAGGAAGAAUAUACUCUGGCUGUGAAGAGAGUGAACGUUGGUAGAUUGUCUGAAAUGGAAUUUAAAGAGAAGAUUGAAGAAUUAGGCAAAAUGGAUCACGAAAAUUUGCUACCUAUCAGGGCAUAUUGUUGCAUUCAAGAGAAAAGAAUACUUGUCUAUGAUUAUAUUCAUAUGGGAAGCUUAGCUUAUCUCUUGCAUGGAAAUGGAGACGCAAAUAAGACUCCCCUGAAUUGGGACAUAAGGUGCAGGAUUGCUUAUGGAGUCGCUCGCGGUAUUGCCUACAUCCAUACACAAGGAUCUAACAUUUGCCAUGGAAACUUAAGGUCAUCCAAUGUGUUCUUUAACAGCUCUUUCGAUGUCCGAGUUUCUGAGUUUGGCUUAGCUCAACUUGUUCCCGUAGAAUCCAAACUGAUCCUAAAUGAAGGGUAUAGAGCACCAGAGGUGACUGGCAACCAUGAAGUUUCUCAGAAGUCUGAUGUCUACAGCUUUGGAGUCCUGCUCCUGGAAUUGCUCACUGGCAAGGCCCCCCUACGUGCUGUUCGCGAACUAGAAGGGAUAGACCUAGUUAAGUGGGUAAGGCUGAUGUUUCAGGAAAAACCCAUUCUUGAUGUUUUUGAUGAUGAUCUGGUGCUAAACUAUGAGAGCGAUGAGGAACAAAUGGUUCAGUUGUUACAACUUGCGGUUUGCUGUACUUUCCAGAAUCCUAGUAAAAGGCCUUCAAUGGCUGCCGUGGCUAAUCGAAUUGAAGAAAUCUGCAGAAUUAAGUAAGAUACAGCCAUGAUCAGUCAGUCAUAGCUGCAAUCAAAUAUGUAACUUGAUCUUACUUGCUAUUUGCCAAUCACUUGAAACUCCAAAAGUGAUGCCUUGUACGAAGCUAAGAUAACAUGAAACUGAU